AUGGUUGAGAAACUUAUGAACCGGAAAACGAUCGAAUGGAUUUCCGAUUUGCAAUUGAAGCUACCCGGGGGUUUGCUCAGAACAUCUCAAACAAAUCCCAAAGACAUUCUCUCUCCUCCGGACAGACCAAAAUGUAAAUUGGUUGCAUUACCGCCACCGGCAAAAAAGAUGCGAAGUGCUGACAGAGUUCAUAAAUCCUGGCUCCGAUUUUGUCGAGUUCUCCAACUGGAAGGUUUCUGUCCACCAGUUUUCAACUCAGACCAACUGAUGGAAUUCCUCAGCUCCCAAAUUCUACCAGACGAGAGUCACACCAUCGAGCCGCUUGCAACAGAAAAAGAAAUUUGGGAUCGAGUCACCGAGAGGCUGGUUCCUGGAAACUUUCGUGCACAACACCUCAUUCAAGAUUUACUUAAACCAAGACCGGAACUUUGUAAAAAGUGCAGCUUCAAAAACAAUGACCCUCGUUACCAAAAGCAAGAGACCAGAGAUCACAUCGAUCAACACACGAGAGACAGUCUGGACGAAAUACCUCGUUUUUGGCGGAAAGAUUCAAAAGCGGUGGUCAAAUCCCAAGAAUGGUAUCCAUCCGAAAAAGAUUGGCUGUGUGCCAAAAAAUCGAAGUUGAUGGAAAACACGACUAUUGUUCAUAAGGAUGUCCCAACUGCCGAAUCAACUAAUAAAAGUUGCUCUAUUUGCUUUGAGAAGUUUGUGGAGUAUUAUGAUGAUGAGGACGAAGUCUGGCGCUUGAGACAAUCGAUGGAGUACAAUAAAGGAGUGGUCCACACAUAUUGCAUGGAGGUGGAUAACAAAGGUGUCGGGACAGUUUAA